AUGGCGAGGAAAGCUGGCGACAGCAUCUUCAGUCGGUACAUGGAGCUUCUGUUCCUCGUGUACUUCAUCGUCCACGUUCCCAUCACAAUAUUCAUAGACUCCCAGCUAGUUCUCGGCAGCAAGUUCCACCCGGCGUGGGCGGUUCAGGUCACUGCUGACUACAUCCGCGAUGUGCACGACUUCCUCGUGAAAGUCAAUCCCGUGUGGUUCUACAGCAUGGUCCUGUGCGAGAUGUUCCUCCAGCUGCCCUGCUUCUUCGUCUCGAUGUACGGGAUCGUCAAGCAGGCGUCCUGGAUGCCGCUGGUGGGCGUCAUCUACGGGACGCACGUCUCCACCACGCUGGUGCCCAUCCUCGCCUCCUUCAUCCUCGAGCCCCUGGACCCGGAGAACAACACGGGCCCUAUGUACGAGUCGGACCGCCUCCCGCUGGUUGCCGUCUACGUCGCGUGGAUCAUCGUCCCGCUGCUCAUGGUGCUGCACUACGCGCCCAUGCUCCGGCGAGCACCGCUCAAAUCCAAGACCGCGUGA